AGCAGCAAAAAGGGUAAUGGCAGAGUCCAUGACAAGUAACCAGGACCUUUUUAUGUGUCCGAUUUGCUUGGACAUUCUCAGGGAUCCAGUGACUAUUCCCUGUGGACACAAUUACUGUAUAGGCUGCAUUAAGGGAUGCUGGGAUCAGGAAGAUCAGAAGGGAAUCUACAGCUGCCCCCAGUGCAGACAGACUUUCACUCCAAGACCUGUUCUAAACAAAAAUAAUGUUUUUGCUGAGCUUGUGGAACAGUUCGGGAAGACCAGAAUUUUAACUGUUGCUUCUGCUCCAGUUGAAUGUGUUGGAGCUGGAGAUGUGGACUGUGACGUCUGCACUGGGAGAAAACUCAAAGCUGUGAAGUCGUGUCUGGACUGUCUGUUGUCUUAUUGUGAAACCCACUAUAAAGUUCACAAUGAUGUAAAUCCUGGACGAAAACACAAGAUGGUUGAUGCCACAGGUCAGCUACAGGAGAGGAUCUGCACCCAACAUGAGAAGCCUUUGGAGAUAUUCUGUCGUACGGACCAAACUUGUGUCUGUUUUCUCUGUAUGGUGGAUGAUCACAAAGGCCAUGACACCGUGUCAGCCUCUGCAGGGAGAAAGGAGAAACAGACACACUUUGGAGAGACCCAGAGGAAAGUUCAGCAGAGAAUUCAGGAGAGAGAGAAGGAGCUACAGGAGCUGAGGAAGGCUGUGGAGACUCUCAAGAGUUCUGCACAGAUAGCAAUAGAGGACAGUGAGAGGACCUUUACUGAGAUGAUCCACUCCAUUGAGAGAAGGCGCUCUGAGGUGAAAGAGCUGAUCAGAGCUCAGGAGAAGGCUGAGGUGAAUCGGGCUGAAGGAAUCCGGAAACAACUGGAGCAGGAGAUUGCUGAGCUGAAGAGGAGAGAUGCUGAGCUGGAGCAGCUUUCACACACAGAGGACCACAUCCAUUUCCUCAAGACUGUCCAGUCAGUGAGCAACACAGCUGAGAGUAAAGCUUUAUCCAGCAUCUAUGUUAACCAAGGCCUUUCCUUUGAGACUGUCAAGAAAUCUGUCUCCACACUGAAGGGGCAGCUGGAGGAUUUCUACAGGGAAGAACUCAUGAAGAUAUCUUCAGCAGUGACUCAAGUCCAGAUUAUUUUGCCUUCUGAGCCAACAACCAGAGAAGAGUUCCUACAAUACUACUGUCACUUCACACUGGAUCCAAACACAGCAAACAGAGAGCUCCAACUGUCUGAGGGGAACAGAAGGGUGGAAAUUGGAGAUGAGUUGUCAUAUCCUGAUCAUCCAGAGAGAUUUGAUGAUGAUUGUCAGGUGCUUUGUAGAGAGUGUGUGUCUGCACGCUGCUACUGGGAGAUUGAAUGGAUUAGGGAUGCAUCGGUCAGUAUAGCAGUCUCAUAUAAAAGUAUCGGCAGGAAAGGAGAUUAUCAGUGUGGGUUUGGAUGGAAUGACCAGUCCUGGAGUCUGCGCCUCACCAGUUUCAGCUCCUCGUUCUUGCACAAUGAUGAAGAGACUGAACUCCCUCCAGUGGUCAGCUCCAUAGUAGGAGUGUAUGUAGAUCACGGGGCAGGAACUCUGGCCUUCUACAGUGUGUCUGACACAAUGACCCUAAUCCACAGAGUCCAGACCACAUUUACUCAUACACUCUACCCUGGGUUUAGGCUAGAAGAGUAUGGCUCAUCAGGGAAGCUGCUGUGAGUAUUCUCAGUUGAGAAUUGGUCUGGUAUUGUCCAGGCCAGGUCCCUUCUGCUGCUGUAGGAAAAAUGAGUGUUUCAACUUUGGGAACCAAAUGCAUUCCAGGAAAAGGAAGGGCGAGUAGAGUAGUGCAGCAUAAAAGUAAAAGCAUUGGCUCUCGCAUAGUUUCAGAACUGGGGUGUUACUCUGUGUGCCCACUCAAUUUCUUGUAGAGAAAGUUUUGAAUUUGUACAUCUUAUUUUACUUCAAUCAUAAAGACCAAGAAAAUAGAUACAAUUAAAAUAUUAAAAUAUAUUUUGAAAAUAUGUAUGUAAUCAGCUGUGAAUGUAAAGUACCUUUGCAGGAAUAAAAACAUA